GUUCAAAAGCAAUAUUUGAAACAGCUAUAAAUAAUUUAAUUCAAGCAUCUCCUGAUGCUCUACAGGAGAUUACAUUUAGCGAUAAUAAGUUAAUUAAAUCAGAAACAACGCAAUUACCUACGUUUACACUAACUAGUAAAAACCUUACCCUUAUCCCCACGCCGUCUAUUUUGUUGCAUAUUCGUAUAUUGGAUUUAUCACAUAACAAGCUUACUUCUAUUACUUUUAUUUCCAAUUUGAUUCAUCUACAAGAAGUAGACAUUCGUAAUAAUUGCAUAUCAAGUAUAAAUGGAGUGAACAGGUUAAGAUUUUUAAGAGUGCUAAAUGUUCAAUCAAAUUUAAUAGGAUCAUGGGAAGCAGUUAGAAAUGGUUUUGUGAAAUGGCAAGGUGGUGAAUGUAGAGUAUAUUUAUCUGGCAAUCCGUUUAUAGAUGAGAUCGGUAUAUUCAUAAACGAACGUGUAGAAAGCGAUUUCAGACGUGGACUGCCUUUUAUCACACUCGAUGCUGUCUCUGAUAAUGGUGAAAAUAAUGAAUAUA